ACUCGCUCGGAACGGACGUGUCCAACGCUUAACACUGGUAAAUUGUGAUAAAGUGCAGUCGCGCAAAAUAAGCCUAAAUCACGCCUGUGAGAAAAUCAAAUUUAAUUGAGAAGCUAAAAUUGUAUAUGUACUACAUAUAUGUAUGUGUAUAUGCAAACAUAAGUGCAAAGCAGAAGCUAAAGUGUAACUGUGCUGGUAUCCCCCACCCAGUCUCUGUGUCUGAGCGAGUAUAUAUUUAUAUAUAUGCACGUUAGUGUGUGUGUGUGCUUUGUACAACACAGAAAUUUUCACAUAUAAAUUCGAUGUGGAAAAUUGAAUUAAGAAAUUCUGUGUGUCCAUGCAAAUGAAUGAAAAUUGAAUUAAGAAUUUAUUACAAAUAAUUAAAAAACUGCAGAACUGUGCAAAGUGUAUCAGUAAAGAUACAAGAUCAACAAGUAAAAGAAGAACAGCUGCGUGAAAUAGAACAGCAACCAGAGCAACUGCAAGUGUAACUCGUUAAACUGUUUCGCGCGGCAGGGAAUGGUAUAUUUCUUGGGGGAUUGGGGCAUGGGAGAUUCUGACUUGUCGUCAUAUCAGCAGCAUGUUCCAAAUAUACAACAACAACAGCAGCAGCAGCAACACCAACGCAUCCAUGGACACCAGCAGCAGCAGCAUCAACAUCAGCAGCAACAACAACAGCAGCAGCAGCACCAGCAGCAGCAACAACAGCAACAGCAACAACAAAACCAGCUGGUUGCACAAAUCUCAAAUAGCCUAAGCCUAUUGCAAUCGCAGCUGCAAUUCGCCAGCGGAUCCAGCUUCCUACAACAGCAACAUUCACCACAGCAACAUGUGGGUGGCCCAAGGAGCAGCAGUGCCAACAGCAACAGCAACGUCAACAGCAGCAGCAGUCUGGUAACAGCUAAUCUACAGCAACUAUCGGUGAGCAACAGCGGCAACAACAAUAGCGCCUGCAACACGCCCACCAAAACACAACAGCAGCAGCAACAGAUUGACUCUCAUCCACCCGCCUCUGGCGCGGCUCUCAAAGUACAUUCGUCUUGGUUGAGGCAAUGCUCCGAAUCAAACAACUCGCAAUCGACGGCCGAUAGUUGCGGCAGCAAGACAAAACCAACACAGCUUAGUAAGGAUCUCCUGGAUAACGAGGAUGAGGUGGCCCUUCAUCCGCUUUCCAAUCAGGUGGGAGGACACACGCGCCUCUUGCUGCUCAACCAGUCAACGGUGAUCAAGCCGCUGAAUUUGCGCGAAUUGGACUUCUAUCAGAACAUUCCGCAGGACGUACAGAAGUUUGUGCCCAAGUACAAAGGCGUUAUGCAAGCGACUUCUAUGGGCGGCGUUAAGCUGGACAAGCGCUACUCGCCCAGCUUCCGUGACGAUGCUGCCGCGGUGCCAGUUCGCAAGAUGAGCGCCUCAAAGCGCAAGCGGGACGAAGUUCUCAGAAUGAAGGUGCAUAAGAACGGAAAUGCGGCCGAUGUUAUUAAGAGCAUUUCGCAACUUGACAACUCCAAUAAGCAAUAUUUCUUGAUGCUCGAGAAUAUUACAUCGCAGUUCCGUAAUCCCUGUAUUUUGGACCUGAAGAUGGGCACUCGCCAGCAUGGCGACGAUGCGUCCGCAGAGAAACGAUCCAAACAAAUGGCUAAGUGCGCGGCCAGCACCUCAGGUUCGCUGGGAGUCCGCCUUUGCGGCAUGCAGACCUACCAGGCCGAUAUGGAGCAGUAUGCCAAACGUGACAAGUACUGGGGACGUGAGCUCAACGAGGCGGGCUUCAAGACCGCCUUGCAUGACUUCUUCUACAACGGGUUUCGUCUGCGCAUUCGCGUCAUACGCAAGAUCUUGCAGCGAUUGUUGCAGCUGCGACGUGUUAUUGAGAAACAGUCCAGUUACAGAUUCUACUCCUGCUCAUUGCUCAUCGUGUACGAAGGCUAUGAAGAGAAUCCCAUGGCACAUCCGCCCUCCAUGGAUCUGGACGAUUGGCUGGAGGCGCCAAAGUCCGCGACACUGCAGCCGACAGCUGCCUUCGAUUAUCACCCGGAGAACAGUAUAGACGAAGAUGACAUUGAAGAUGAUGAGGCAGGACACGAGGCAGGCGAUGAACUAGAACCACACGAUACUGAUGAGGACCUGCAACUGGUGGCGGCCGUUGAUAGCGGCAACGCCUCGGCUACUAACAGCAGCACCGGCGCAGAUGGCUGCAACUAUGACGCAGACGCGUCUAAUGACUCAAACUCGCGCUUGAAUCUAGCCACACGUCGUCAUUUACACAAACGUGGCUUUGCGGAAGCAGCGGCACGUGGCGUUAAGCAAACGGCCACUAGCUCCACAACGACCACCGACGAGGAGGAGGAGGAAGAUGAUGAAAGAAACAAGGCACAGCAUUCGCACUCGCAUUUGUCCGCCAUGCCGCCGCCGCGCAGUUGCGGCGUCCUGCCCACUAAAUCGGUGACUGGUGUCAAAGGCGGCAGUGCCAAUGCCAGUGCCACACCCGCAUUCAUUCCAAUAUCAGAAGAGACAGUAUUUUUGGAUCCUGAGCCAACGCUGCCCAGUGUGACAACCUCAUCGCCACAUUCCGGAGAUUCCUGGAUGAAUUACAGCAGCAACAGCAGCGACGAUUUCUCUGGCCUAUCGGAGCAAAUCAAGGCCGUAGCCAGCGGGCGGCAGACAUGCAACAACAGCUCCGAUGACGGUAGCUCGGACUACGAAAGCAGCAUUAUUGGACCCACGGAGGCCAUGUUCAAGCGGUACAAGUCGCAGCAAUCAUUCGAUGCAGCAGCAACAGCGGGCAGCUUGGAGCACACCUCGCCGCCUCACACAGCGGGCAAUUCGAGCGCCACAAUUAAGUCGGUUGUCUCGCCCGCCUCUUCCAGUGCAUCUUCCCUGAAAUCAGUAAAGGGUGCUGUGAAGCGUUUGCGCUGCAAGGACGACGAUGAACAUUAUGCAGCUCACGAUGACUCCCGAGAGGCGAAGAAAUCGACCAUAACAUCCACGCCGGUUUCGGCUGUCUCCUCGCCCUCAAAGUCGCACACAGUGUCGGCGGUGCAGCGCAGUUGCGAAAAUAUAUCCAACUCGUUGCUCGCUGGCAUUCUGCUGGACUCACUGGAGCGUCGUGCCAGUGCCGAAGGUGACAACAACAACACCAACAGCGAGCCAAAAUCAUCCACAACUGCAGUACGAAACUCAGCGCUAAUGCAUGGCUCCAAGUCGCUGGACAUGUCCGCACCGCCUACAGAUGAUUCAGCCUGCUUUGUGGACGUACGUCUCAUUGACUUCGCCCACACAGCAUUUGUACCGCGAAACGGGAGCAUGUUGCCAACGGCAGCCACCGCGCCAGUUCACCAUGGCCCGGACGGCGGCUUUCUCACCGGGCUGGACAGCCUCAACCGUCUGCUCAACGAGAUAUUGGCCGAGGAGAGUAUCUAAUCUGUUAGCAGCAGUUACCCCAAUUGAAGCUUCCAGCGGAGCCCACGCAAAGUUUGCGUGCGGGAACGGAGAAUAAGUUAAAAUUAAAAAAGUACAAUUUGAUUUCAAAAAAAUUACCUAAAUUGUUGUAGCAACAUGUGUUAAAUUAUGAAACUAAUCUUUAGAAAUUCGAAAUGUGAUUCAGCUAACAAAAACAAAAAAUACAAAAGUUAAAACAAACAAAAAUUAACAGACAAAAGAAAAGCAAAAAAAAAAAUGGAAUUGGAAUGCCAAUAUUUUUAAACAAAAAGAAACAUACGAUAAGUGCAAGGCAAAGAAGGCAUAAAGAGCUGACAUUUGUUCAUAUAUUAUUUAGGAUCUGAAUGUGUGAAACUUAAAUCUAAAAUUUAUUUGCAAAUGUAUCUUCCAAAAGAUCAAUUUAUUGAAAUAUUAAUGGAUUGUUCAAGCCUUCUGCAUUUCCAAGCGCUGAAACAGAAAGAAAAACAAAGAAAACUAAUUUCGUUGACUUUGGUGUUUUAAGUUUGUGAGAAAUGAAUAUGAAAACCAACAACUAUAUAAAUAUAUAUGUAUUGUAUUUUUAACUAAAUAAUUGGCAUGCAUGUCGUGCAUUUUUAUACCUAGCUAUUACAAUACAUACAAUGCAAAUGACAAAGCGUAAGAACAGUAUUUUGUUAUAUUUUUCAUCUUUGCUUUAAAAUUGUUCCCUUUCUAAUUGUAGGAAUCGCAGUUUAUCUGUAAAAGUAUGAGAGGAGCAAGAAAAACGCUAUUAACAUAAAUCGUAAAAAACAUACAUGUAUAUUACUAUUACUUAUUGUAUAACUAGAAAAUUAAAUGGAAAC